AUGCCGACACGCAAAUUCGACUUUGAUGUAGUGGUGGUAGGCGGCGGCAACACGGCCCUCUGUGCUGCUUUGACGGCUCACGAGGCUGGUGCUCGAGUUGCCAUCAUCGAAGCAGCGAAGCCAGGGGAACGAGGAGGUAACAGUCGCUUUAGUGGUACAGCAUGGAGAUUUGUGCAUAAUGGCAAAGACCACCUCCUACCCCUUUUGGACCAAGAAGGCCUUGCCGAGGCGGACCGUUGCUCAAUGGGAGAAUACAGUGAACAGGACUUCACCUCGGACAUGCUUUCCAAAUCUGGAGGAAGGCACGACAGAGAUGAGAUCAGAAUGAUAAUCGAUCAUGGUUAUGACACCAUGAAAUGGCUGGCCGACCACGGUGUCCGCUUCAAGCUACCGCUUAACUUCUGGGUCUCUCACGAAGGCAAAGAAGGCGUACAGGAACUUGCCUCUGGUGUGCCAGUAGUAACCAGGGACUACGGACGAGGCCUAGUCGAUGAGCUGUGGAAGACGACUGAGAAGACCAGCAUUUCUGUCUACUAUACCAUGCCAGCCCACGAUCUGAUCCUGGACGGCGAUCGAGUCCUCGGGGUACAGGCUCGAAGUCAAGACGGCUUCUGCGAGUUCUACGGCAAUGUUAUCCUGGCUUGCGGCGGAUUCGAAGCGAACCCAAGGUACCAUGAGCAGAUGCCUACCAUGUCUGAGACACUCGCUAACUCCUUUGCCCUCCGUUAUAGGAUGCGCCGACAGUAUCUCGGCCAGGGAGCCGAAUUCGCCAUCGUUAGAGGCAGCCGCUUCAAUACAGGCACGAUGCUGGAGAAGGCGUUAGCAGCAGGAUCCCAAGCACACGGCCACUGGGGCGGCUACCAUUGCGCUCCGCAGGAUGCUAAUGCUCCGCUGAUGGGAGAUAUGAAGACCCUUGAUGCUUGGGAGCGAUAUUCGUUCCCCUAUUCUAUCAUGGUGAACAAAGCCGGCAAGCGCUUCACGGACGAAGGCGAAGACGAGAUCAGCCUCAUCUACUCUAAAGUUGGUUCAGCGAUUGCCGGAGAACAAGAAGCAAAGGCGUUCCAGGUAUUCGAUCAAAAGACCGUCUCUUUGGUCAGUGAGAAGUACAAGAUGUACGCCACGCCGAUGCAGGCCGACACUCUUGAGGGCCUGGCCGAGAAGAUGGGCGUCAACAUCGAUAACCUCACGUCGACCGUCAAAUCGUUCAACGCAGCGACCCAAGCUGGGAAGAACUUCGACCCGUACUCCAACGACGGAAUGUCCACUGCAGACGGCUACUCGCCACGGAAGAGCAACUGGGCUCAGCCGAUCGACUCGCCGCCGUAUGUUGCCUACGCUGUGACCGUCGGCAUCACGUUCACAUUCGGCGGGAUAAAGACUGAUACCUCAGCUCGAGUGCUCAACAAUGAAGGCAGCGUUAUGCCAGGCCUCUACGCUAUGGGUGAGAUGACUGGUGGGUUCUACUACGGCUAUGCAGCUGGGGCAUCGUUGAUACGGUCUUCCGUCAUGGCAAGGGUGGCGGGCAAGCAUGCUGCGGAGAAUUUACAGAAAGAUGGAACAGCCAUUGCUCCAAAGUUGUAG